AUGGUUCCAGAGAGAGCUGAGAUGCAAGAAGACGUGGAAACAGAGCAACAGGGAACGUACCUGAGAUCAGCACAUGCUGCCCGAAUCCAGACUGAUUCUCAUGACGCCUCUGGAACCCGUAUCUUCAUUGACAAUGGAUUCCUUGUCAAAAUCCCUGCCUCUGUGCUCUCUUACCCUCCUGCAUCUUCUUCUGUAGCCCCAAGCCCUCAUCGUGAAAGAACAGCCUGGCCCUGCUCUCAGUUCACUGCUCACAUGAAGAAUUUCUCUGAAUUUCUUAAACUUGGCAGUCUACAUUUUCUGCAUUUCCCAGUAUUUCCAGAAAGGAUUCAGACUCCAAUGGCAUGUAAAAGACUGCUUUGUGCUCACCAGUACACUAUCCCCAGGUCUUCUGCUAAAUACUGGGGACAGGCUUCUGUUGAAGAAGAAAGCCGUGGAGAAGCCAGUCCCUUCCAGACACCAUCCGGUGCAUGGGAUGAGACCCCACUGAUCUUCACUGUCAGAAAAGAAAUUAAUAUGGGAGCUAGAGGAGCACCCACUCAGGCUUGGAGCAGUCGAUUUUUGGAUUGGCAAGUGACAAGAAAGCCUAUUCAAUUCCACUCAGUAAAUCUGGUGCACCUGGAGGCUGGAGGCAUACACAUCAAUCUCCCCGCGGCCGGAAAUGCCGUCGGCAGGGGCGCAGUUGCCAGGGCGCCCGAGAUGCUCCUCAAGCAUCCUCAGCCCGCGGGGAGAAAGGCGCGGGCAGACGCCGCGGCCCACGGCGAUCAUCGGGCAGGAGCGCCCUGCUCCGCUCGCCGGUGCUCCCACCGGCUCCCCUCGUAG